CUUAAAAUGAAUUCGCCUUGACUAAAAAAAAUUUUAGUUAAUUGAUAAUAGAAUUUUUGAAAUGCAAGUAAUUUUUGGUUACCAUUCAAACCAUUUGUGCAAAAUAGAUUGAUUUUUAUAAAUAUGAGUCGCAGUCAUCUUGUUUAGAAAGUUAAAAUGAGCACUAACUUAUCAUCAAUAAAUGUACGAAUACUUUUUUUUGCGAAAACACGUGAACUGUCUGGACUAAACGAAGUUAAUUAUCAUUUAAGUACUCCAAAAAUUGUUGCAUUCGAUUUAUUGCGUGAAAUUUGUAGAGACUUCAACUUAGAAGUGAUAAGAGACACUUUAAUUUUAGCUAUUAACGAAAACUACUGUGACGACUUGCAGUCAGAACUGCAAUUAAAAGAAGGUGACGAAAUUGCUAUCAUACCUCCGAUAAGUGGUGGGUAA